UAUCAUGUUAAGCAUUAUUCUCUUGCUCGCUUUGCUAGUACAGAUUUGUACUGCUCAUGACAGUACACGAGUCAGGAAAUUCGAAUUAACUAUAAAAUCCGCCUUACUGAAUCCGGAUUGCUCCAAUCAGUCCUACGCUGGUCUUGUCAUUAAUGAUCAAUAUCCGGGCCCUGCUUUACAUCUUGUUAAGAAUGACAUUGUUCAGAUAAAAAUACGAAAUGAUGUCGGAAACAAUGUGUCUUCAAGUGUUCAUUUUCAUGGUAUUCGGCAAAUCAAUACAAACAAUGCUGAUGGUGUGGCUGCCAUUACACAACUUGCAGUUGCUCCUGGGGAAGAAUAUGUCCAGACAUUCCAGGUGAUUGACCAAUCAGGCACAUUCUAUUAUCAUGCUCAUGUAGGUGUACAAGAUGAUACUAUUCAAGGCCCUUUUGUUGUUCAUGACUCUGAGGAAGCACUCCAGAAAGAAACCCAUAGUGGCCCAUACCCUUAUGAUGGAGAAUUUAUUCUUCAAUGGGCAGAAUGGUGGCAUCAAUCAAUCUAUAAUCGAGAAGCAUACUACUUGAGUCCAAGUUUUACUGCUGAUGGUGGACCUGAUAGUGUGCUACUUAAUGGUCAAAGUGUGUAUCACAAGAUGGAGACAAUUCCCAAGGACUGCAAAGGUUUUACUUAUUUUGAUGUUGAGCCCAACAAGACAUAUCGACUUCGUAUAAUAGGUGCUGUUACUUAUCGCGUACUUGGUAUGUUUGUUAAGCAACACAAUAUGACUUUGAUUGAACUUGACGGUGAAUAUGUUCAGCCUUAUGAUCUGGAUUCAUUGGAACUUCAUGCAGGACAACGUAUGUCUGUCUUGAUUCAUACAGGAAAUUAUUCUGCAGGAACAACCUUUCCUAUUGUCACUGAUUACAGAUGGAGGUCUAGCAAUGCUGGCUACACGCAAUCUGGCUAUGGCUUUCUCCGUUAUGUGGACCCCAAACAAAAAACAGAAGCAAUAACCAUCUUGAACAAGCCAUUAAAUCAAGAUUUGCCAGCUCUUAAUGCUACUAAGCUUAAUGUACCUAGUUGGGUUCUUCCUCAAGUCAAGCCCCAUGCUCCUGGUAAUCCUGCGAUUCUGAAUGGUGAAGCUCAUCAUACAAUUGUUCUAGACAUGAAAGAAGUCAUUAUGCCUGACAAUACUACUCGGUUUAUUCUGAACAAUAGACCUUAUAAUCCUAACCGUUGGGGAAAUGCUACUGCUUCUCUCUAUGACUUUGUUACUAGUGAUCCUGAUCCUGGAGUCUUGUACCCUGAUGGUGGUUCAAGAAAGCAUCAUACCUAUCCUGUUGGUUUAAAUCAAAUUGUUGAUUUUGUCUUUCAAAGUCAUUUCUUGCCUACUAGACCUGAUCUCUGUGUCGCUCACCCUUGGCAUACACAUGGUUACUCCCAUUAUCUUAUAGCAGAAGGCUCUGGUGAUUAUGUUCAUGAAAGAGACAAGGACAUUAGGACUUAUACUGAUCCUUUGUACAAGGAUGUGAGUAUUGCUUAUCCCCGGAUUCAAGAAGGCGCUGUUGGCUGUGGCUGGACUAAAGUUCGAAUUUUUACGGUAGGAUGUCUGCAUGAAUUCACACGCUCAUUUUAUUACUUUAGGACAACCCUGGUGUCUGGGCAAUCCAUUGUCAUAUUACUGCACACAUGUUACAAGGCAAAGUAACUGUCUUGGAAGUAGCUGGUGAUCUUAUCGGAUCAACAAGACGUACAUUUAAUCUUGACUAGUUUAUGACUAGACUACUUGUAUAUGACGUAAUUAUAAACCCUGUUCUUUAUUGUCUUUAUAUUAAACUGUCAUAUUAAAAGAAAAGCAGAGCAAUUUUCGAGAACAAGUAUCUUUAGAGUGUAUCUUUACAAAAGAUUCAAAGCUGUAUGUAAACUCAAUUGGUCCUACAUUGCAAGUUUCCUCCCCCUCCCCCCUCCUCACACAAAAUUAUUUAUAGUCUAAAUUCAACACGGCUCGUUUUUUCCUUUUUUCACUUCUUUUAAUUAUUA